CACUUAAAUUCCAAUGAGGCCAAUAAGGACUGAAGAUGAACAGGCCGGGCUACGACUACUCCGCGCCUGUCUCCACCACAUACUAUGCGACGAAUAGUCGACCGCCGCAGUACGACCGUGGCUACAACCAGCUUGCACCAGUCCCCGUCUACAGCCCAUCAUCACACCCUCUUUCGAAUUAUGCAGAUGUCUAUGAAGGCAAUAACGAUACCACGCUCAGGGCUGAGGAAAGACACUGGUACAUAGAAAACCACAAAAAUAUUCAACCAAACUACUCUCCUAAUAAUGAAAUCUUACCACAGGAGAUUAAGGUUAAAAAGGAAGAGGAAAAGAAAAGCGAUUCGCAAAUUAUAAGAUCUGAAGCGACUCAAGCACGCAGAAGAAAAGAAAAUCGAUGUUCGUGCGAGUGCUGGCCUAGUUCUGACAAUAAUGAGGUACAAAACGGUGGGAACGCGGCUACUACGCGAUCUUUAUCGGGCGUCGAUAUGGUGGCAUCGUACGGUGUCUAUGGCACUUCUCAGGACGAUGAUAGUUCAGGUUUCGGCCGGUUGUCUGAAAAGAACGCAGUUUACGGCCAGACGAGCAACGCUCCGGUGCAGGGUGUGAUAGUUAAUCAACAAGGAAACAGUGCCGUUGUGAGAUCAGCUAGUUCGACGAACUCGGCGUGUGGGAAGUGUUGUGUGUGGUCUUCGAACGUUCAAGUUGCGAACUCGGAGGACUACUGCUGGAUACAUUACUGUAGACCAGCGCUUAUUGUGUUGCUGCUGUUAUUUUUUCUAGUUCUGUUGGGAGUUUCUACAGGGUUUCUAUUAACAAAUAAUUAUCUACAUUAUCAGCCACGGCCGCCGGCUCCUGAAGAGGCAUGCGAGAAAACGUUUUGUCGAUGGGGCGCGGAAUGUGUGUCGCUCGGCGAUGGGAGAGCACAUUGCGCGUGCCCUACUAGCUGUCCCUCCACCGCGGCUCCCGUGUGCUCGACAGCUGGCCGAACUUACCGCAACCAUUGCUUCCUGCGUAAGGAAGCGUGUGAAAGAAGGUUAAACCUACGAGUCAAGCAUGAGGGUGAAUGUGAAGCUGGUGAACCCUGCAGUUCAGUAACAUGUCAGCACGGAGCCCGUUGCGUGGUUACGUACGGUCAAGCGGAGUGCCGCUGCCCUCGCAAUUGCCAGCGGCGGAAAAUAGUAUGCGGCACGGAUGGCAAGGAAUAUCCCUCGACGUGUCAUCUCGAUAAGCAUGCUUGCGAGAACCAGCUCAAUAUUACCGUGAAAUAUCACGGGAAAUGCGAUCCCUGUAUAGAACACGAAUGCGCAGAUGGCAGUGUUUGUCAGCUGAACGAAGUACGAGCUGCAGUGUGCCGGUGUGGACCUCCUUGUGAUCUGAUCGUUCGCCCUGAUUCUGCUGUCUGUGGAUCAGACUACAAGGAUUAUAUCAGUGAAUGUGCGUUGCGGCUGGAAGCGUGUCGGUCGAGACAACAACUGUCUAUAGCUUAUAGAGGAGAAUGUGCUUCAGCACAACAUCCUUGCGAAUCGGUGAAAUGUGGUGUUCGCGAGUUAUGCACGUUGGACGUACAUGGAGUAGCCGUGUGUGGGUGCGGGCCGGACUGCGAGGAGGUGAUGAGGCCGGUCUGCGGGACCGACGGCCGAACCUAUGAUAACCCCUGCCUGCUUGACCGCACAGCUUGCUUGGAAAACCGUGACAUACGUGUUGCGUAUAUGGGCGCUUGUGGUGUGGAGAAUCCCUGCGCACUGGCCACUUGUCCCUGGGGCGGCGCCUGUAUCGCCCGCGGCGGGUCCGCCCAGUGCUCCUGCCCGGUGUGCAACUCGAGCCUCGCGCCCGUAUGUGCGUCAGACCACAACACGUACGGCAGCGAGUGCAAGAUGCGCAUGCAUGCAUGUCAAGCCGGCAUGGGCGAACACGACCUGAAAGUCCUGUAUAACGGAACAUGUUUAACAUGUGCGGACAUCGUGUGCCAAGGAGGGGGUAGCUGCGAGGUGGAGGGCGAUUCCGGUCGGCCUGUAUGCCGAUGUAACCACAACUGUACUGAAGCUCAGGAAUCGGAUGUUGUAUGCGGAACAGACGGACAAACGUAUCCGUCGCAGUGUGAUCUGGACUCGACGGCGUGUCACGAUCAGAGCAACCUGCGGCUGGCUUAUAACGGAGGUUGCGCGCUUUGUGAGGCGGUUCAGUGCUCUUUUGGGGCGCAUUGCAUAGCAGGGGAGUGUGUUUGUCCAACUGAUUGCACGGGGGCCCCGCACGAACCCGUUUGCGGGAGCACCAUGCAGACUUAUUCCAAUGAAUGUGAGCUGCAAAAAGCUGCCUGUGGAGUACCACCGCCUACAAAACUCCAUGUCAUCUUUUAUGGAGAUUGCAAAGAUCGACUCGCCGUUGUGCCACCAAUAGCUAUGACAACUACCGCGAUGACUACGACUGAAGCUGAACAGGAUUCUACGGAUUCUCUGGGAGCGACGGAGAUAGGUGGCACGACUAGUUCGUCAGCUUGCCGAGAUAUCCGUUGUGAUUUCGAUGCCAGCUGCGAGAUUGGUCUCGAUGGCUAUCCGCGUUGUUCCUGCCUUUUCGAAUGUCCGACUGAGGAUGAAUAUUUUCCGGUCUGUGCCUCCGAUUUUCGACUUUACCCAAGUUUGUGUGCAAUGCGGAAAGAGGGAUGCCAGAAACAAUUAGAACUAAGAUUGCGACCGUUGGAUUUAUGCAAAGGCAUGGAAGUUCGACCAUGCGGGAACAACAAGGCGAUGGUUGACUUGUCUACGGGUCUGGAAAUAGACUGCGGGAAUGGACCUCACCGCCAAGACUGUCCCGCGGGAAGCUACUGUCACAUCACGCUUACUGCUGCAAGGUGCUGUCCGAAAAAUGAUGUGAAGCAAGGGGAAGAUAAGAAGAACUUGCAUUGUUCGGAGAGUACCUUCGGUUGUUGUUCUGAUGGGACGACGGCGGCGUUGGGUUCGAAUGAAGAAGGGUGUCCGGUUAGCUCGAGCUGCGGUUGCAAUAGGCUGGGGUCGGUGACAGAUCGCUGCGAUGAUAGCGGUCAGUGUGUGUGCCGGCCGGGUGUGGGCGGCCUCAAGUGCGAUAGAUGUGAGCCGGGAUACUGGGGGCUGCCGCGGAUAGGCUCUGGGCACACUGGGUGUAUUCCCUGCGGCUGUUCAGCGUUUGGCUCCGUAAGAGAAGACUGUGAGCAAAUGACAGGGCGUUGCGUUUGCCGACCCGGGGUGCAGGGUCAGAAGUGCACCGUGUGCGCCGACCACAGACGACGACUUGGACCUAAUGGCUGCUCUGACCCUGAAAUCCUUAGCGUAGCAGUAUCUUGUAGCGAGUUGUCUUGUUACUUCGGAGCUGUGUGCACCGAGAGGACGGGAGGGGCGCUCUGCGAGUGUGCCGCCGCGCCCUGCCCUGAUAGCGAUCUGAAUAUGUUGGUAUGUGGAAGUGAUGGCAAAACGUACGAAUCGGAGUGUCAUCUCAAGCUGCAAGCAUGUAGAACGCAAGAGGAUAUAGUUGUCCAGGCGUUCGGUCCCUGUAAAUUAUCCGAAAUACCGGGUACUGCGGGGCCUCCGAGACCAUCUUCUCCCAUACAAUUCACACAGCAAGACGAUGGCGCCGCAUCGAAAUCUACGAGGCAUCUCUUAAACCCCUAUAAUAAAUACGAUUGGACAAGAAAAGAAACUCCGAGUGAUUUCGACAGUAUCCUUUCCGGCCAGAGGACUAAAGGUUCGCAAACAGCAACAACUGCCACAGUAGGGGCGGUGGGUGCAUUACUCGGUGAUCUUUGUACACAAGACUCGGAUUGUACCGCAUUGCCGGGCGCACAUUGCGCGCGGGGUGGGUGUGUGUGCCGCCCUGGUUACAUACCCACUACGCAUCGUAAGGCUUGUAUUGAACAAUUGACCCAAGAAACAACAGAGGAGUAUAGCGCGUGCUUAUCUGAGCCUUGUUACAAUCAAGGCACAUGUAUUGACCUGCCUGGUUCAACGUACGCCUGUGUGUGCGCUGACCAUCACACUGGUAUCAAUUGCGAAACAAUAGUCAAAGAUGAAUCCCAUAUCCCUUACAUCGAGACCCCGUCUUUCGACGGAUCAUCAUAUAUACGCCUAAAACCAUUGAAAGCUUACCAUAAGUUGAACAUUGACAUCGAGUUUAAGGCGUUUUCUGAGAACGGAGUUAUAUUGUACAAUCAGCAGAAACCCGACGGUACGGGGGAUUUUGUUUCGCUCGCUCUAGUGAACGGAUACUUAGAGUUCAGAUAUAACCUCGGAAAUGGAGCGAUCGUACUUACAUCACUUGAAAAGAUAUCUCUGAAUGAAUAUCAUAAAGUGUCGGCAAAGAGGUAUCACAGAGAUGGCAUUUUAUCUGUUGACAACUCUGAAGAUGUAGUUGGACAAUCAAGAGGAAAUUUGAAAGCUUUAGAUCUGGCUGAUGACGCGUUUAUUGGCAGUGUACCUACAAAUUAUUCACGGGUAUUUGAUAACAUCGGAACACGAAGCGGUUUUAUCGGAUGUGUUAAAUACUUGAGAAUAAUACGUCAUCAAGUUACAAAGAAAUUGGGUCGUCCGGACUCAUUAAUAGUUUCUAUAGAAAACGUCCGAGAGUGUCAAUCUAAUCCAUGUAUGAGUAUGCCUUGCAAAAACGGCGCCACGUGCCGGCCUGUCGAGGAAUCGGCGACGGACUACGCGUGUAGUUGCUCUAUCGGAUUUCAAGGAUCCAAUUGCGACGAUAGAUUAGAUCCGUGCGAGUCGAAUCCUUGCGGGUAUGAUGAGGGGCUAUUGUGUGACAUUGGCCCAGAUGGAGGACACGUCUGCCGAUGUUUAUUCGGAGGCGAAAUUGGAUCGAACGGCAAUACCUGCAACAAUGAUGUAAAUGUUGUCCAAGAAACUUGGUCUCCUCAAUUCAAUGGCACGAGCUACAUCGAGUUAAUGCCGCUAGAAGGACUGGGAAAAGCGUUCCGCAUUGAAAUUUGGUUUUUAACGAACCGAUUUUCGGGAAUGUUACUCUACACCGGCCAAUCCAAUAAAGCGAAGGGGGAUUUUAUAGCUAUUAACUUAGUUAAUGGAUACCUCCAGUUUAGGUACAAUUUAGGGAGUGGGAUCGCUAAUAUCACGUCGCCCACUCCGAUAACCAAAGGUCGUUGGCACCGCGUGCGUGUGUCGCGCGCGGGCCGACACGGCAGCCUGCAGCUAGACCACCACCCCGUGCAGAGGGGACAUUCCGCGCCACCCCUCACACAUUUGGAGCUGACGCUGCCACUCUUUAUUGGAUCUUUGCCAUCCUACAUACGUCCUCACAAAAUAUCGGGGGUGACCAGCAGUUUCAUAGGGGCAAUUCAACAGGUUUUCGUGAAUGGAAAUCCGUUGUCAUUAUAUAGCUUGGACAUAGCCAAGUGCAGUGUAGUCCCUGAGGAGGAGAGACUCCCUUGCGCUACGAGUGGAGUUACCAAGUAUACAGGGCCGCCUUGUGGGGAUGGUCUCACGCCAUGCAAGAAUAAUGGCACAUGCAUACCUUUAUUAAACGAAUAUAAAUGUAUGUGCCGCGAUGGCUACGAGGGGAGAAACUGCGAGGUGCAAUUACAAGUAGAGAUGUUGAACGAUGAAGCGCCUAUUAGGUUCGACGGAAAUAAUUACUACUCGUACAGAAGCCGUGGAGGACGCAGGAAUCACGGCCCUCGCGGUAUAAGAUAUGAGAUUAAAUUUCGUACUCUCAACGACUCUGGUCUUCUCUUGUGGCGUCGUAAAAUUGGCAUUCGACCGCGAGAUUUUAUUGGCCUCGGCCUUAGUUAUGGAAAGCUUCAACUGAUUUAUACCGACACUGACGUUAAGGAGGUUAAUUCAGCUGUACACGAGGACUGGUUUCAAAGUAUAGAGUCUAAAGAGAGGGUUGAUGAUGGCAUGUGGCACACUGCUGUGGUGCGGCGAAGGAAGAGACUUGCAAUGCUUCAGGUGGAUGAUACGCCACCGGUGAGAGGGUACUCGCAAUCUUUGCUGGUGCCUUCGAAAGCCAAUCCUAAACUGUGGAUAGGUGGAUCACCCUCAUUACCAUUGGGACUCCCAGCGACUCUGUAUACAGGAUUUCGUGGUUGCGUGGCGAGUGUCAAAUCAAACGGAAGGCAUAUUGACAUCACAUCCCCCAUACGACCCAUAUCCAUAUUGCAAUAUUGCACCUAACAUUUACUACAAAAACAUGUCAACUACCAGUGAUAUUAAAAGUAUUAUAUCGAAUCGAGCUAAAACUGCUAGUACCUGCAAAAGUGAAACCUACCGAUACAUAUCUGCAGUUUAAUUUUAAUGUGUUUUAAAUGUACUUUUAGUGGCCAUUAAGUGACCAUAAAUUAUGUUUUUUUCAAAAUUUAAAAAUGAUCCCGUGAAUAACAGUUGGAAUGAAGUAAAUUUUGUUUCCUUUUAUAUCAGAAUUGUUUAACUGAAUAAGAAAUGUUUGCAACAGAGAAUUAACCAAUUCUCAUCAUAAUAACCAAAAUAAUAUGUUGCCAUAAUAAUUUUACGUAAUAAUUUUAUUACAUUUAUAUUAAGUUCUUUUGUAAGCGGUGCUAGUAAAAUUAUACGCAUCAGGGAAUUCAAAUUAAGACCUAAUAUCAUUGUACAUCUAUUUAUAUUAGAUUAUUAUCUCCAAUGACUAAUAAAGCAAUUGUUGAUUUUUUUAACUAAAUUUUAACCACAAGUUCUUAUUAUCAAUUAUUGCGUACCUGCAUAACGAUUAUUAUCACAAUAUAUCUAUGCAAAUAUACAAAUUUAAAGUAUAAGAAUUGUGGCUUGAAUCUAAUUAAGUUUUAAUUAAUAAUAAUCAACUAAAUUAUUGUAAUAAUACUGUAAGUAACAAAUUUAUUGAUGGGCUUUAAUCAUAACAUUCCGAAAAUACUUAAUGUGAUGAUUAUAAUAAUUAGUUAUUUAUUGAGAUCGAUAUUAAAUAUACAUACUCUCAGUAAAUAGCUAUUAAUAUGAACUAAUCAUAAAUUAAUUCACUGUUAUCAUUCCAAGAUGUAUUCAAUUUGAAUCCUUAUAUCUAUAUUGUAUUACGUACCUAAUAAAAACAGUGCCAUAGUUGUACAGUAGCUGAUUUCAUUAGUAUUAGAUUAAGUAUUAUUAUAAUCAAGAUUUCCUUUGUUUAAGCCGCUUUUGUAUCACACAGACUUAUUCACAAAACUUUGAAGAGUAUGACAAUAAUAUUUCAUGUUAUCAUUGUCGAUUAUGUCUCAUUCGGUUGUACUUUAGCUUAAUAGUUUAUUGUAAUGCAAGUAAAUAAUAUUCAUCAUUGGCUUAAAAUUUCUAUUGGAACGUUGGGAAGAUAUCUAAUGAAUUGAUGCCUUCCCACUGAUUAAUGUGUACAUAUUAAAUACUUGCAAUGCAAUUUCGGUUUUGAUUUCACGUUCACGAUUAUGUAAUAUAUGUAAAUAGUUCAAAUAGAUUAGAUUUUUUUACAAGCCGCUUUACUGUUACUUAUUAUGUCAAUAAAUUCUACGAAAUGUUCUGUAGCACAUUUAUAUACAAAGUUAAAAGAAAUAUCAUUAGGUGUUAGUGAUAGCUAUAUUGAUUUAGUGACUGUAGAUAACUAAAUGAAUUAAUAUUUCAUCGUCACGAUACGUUACGAACUUAUCAUUUUUAGACGCUUAUUCAAAUUUUAAGCCGAGUUUUUAUAUCUAUAUAGCGUUGUACUUACAAAGUAUUAAAUUAUUAUAUAAACUAUGACAAUAUUGGAAAGAUCUAAAGUACAUUUACAUGCGUGUUAGAUGCGUUUCGUGGUUGAACAUAUCCGUAUUAAAUUUUAGGUUUAGACUAGAUCCUAGUUCAUCCGAAACGUGUUUCGGAUCGAAUACUAUUCCAUUUGGUGGAUGUUUGCUUAGCCAUACGUUCAAAGCAUAUCAAACAGAUUUGCUACCGGAGAAUCCAAUCCGGAUACAAAUAUUCGUCUGCCUGUAAAUAAGAUGUUUCGCUGGCUCUUAAAGUUAUAUCUUCCAGACUAAUUUGAUACACAGCGUGUGUUUUGAUGUACCCUACGUAAGUCUGUAUACAUAAUAAUGAAAGUAAUAAAUUAAA